AUGGCCGCCAAGAUGGCGGGCGAACUUACUGCGAAUUUUGGCGCGCUCGCCUCGUGCCGGUGUGCACGUGUUGAUGAUGCGACGACCGCCGAAACGAUGCUCUCCCUGGCGAUGAUGUUGUUCGUUGGUGGUCCCACGUCCACCGGAAAGGAUGUCCAGGAGAUGAGGUCGAAAUUCAACACUCAGAGCGUCUUCGGAACUUUUCAUUAUUUCGUCUCUGGGGUACACGAGAUAAUUCUAGGAGACGACGUUGAUACUGGUCACCGUGGGCACCAGGUACCCAGGAGGACCUUGCUGUUGCUAUAUUUGCGUUCAAUGAGUAACAAGUCUCGACCUAAUAUGUUGUUAAUUCCCACAAAACUCCAGGAGACGACGUUGAUACUGCCCUUCCUGGGCACCAGGUACAUCAGGGAGCACGUGGACGUCUUCUCCACUGCGGAGCAACGCUUUGUUGCGCAACGUGGAAGCCUUCGCCGCGAGAAAACAGCCUUGCGCGAAGCCAUCGUCACCGGCGCCUUUCUUCGCAUCAUCAAGCGCAACGAGGAUUUUUGCGUGAAGCCACCGUCACCGGCGCCUUAUCAACGAUCCGGCACCCCCACAAAAAAAGCCAAAUGGAAAGGCAAGCCAGCCGACCUCAAGCUCUACGCCAUCAACGGCUCAAUCAUCAACAUUUACGGCGUCGCACGUCGCGAACUAGACAUACGCUUGCCUCACAGACUCGCAUGGAUCUUCCACCGCACCAUCGCUGACGUCCCACACGCCAUCAUAGGAGCCGACCUCCUGGUGCACUACCAUCUUCCAGACCUCAAAAAGAAGAGGCUGAUAUAUGGCAAUCAAUGUACGUAUGCAAACGGCUUCAUCAAACCGGUACAACCCGUACAAAUCUCACUCAUAACGCCAAAUCACCAAUAUGCGCACAUCGUGAACAAAUACCUACAAGUUUUUGGGCCUGAUCAGUUUCGUUCAGUCAAGAAACGUGGCGUAUUUCACCACAUAACCAAGGGCCCUCCAGCCUCACAAAGAGCUCGCCCGCUUUCGCCUGCCAAACUAAAGGCAGCGAAGAAAGAGUUUAGUAAAUGGUGCGAGCUGGGCAUCUGCCGCCCUUCAGACAGCUCUUGGGCCAGCCCAUUACACAUGGUACCCAAGAAAAACGGGGAAUGGCGUCCAUGCGGCGACUACCGCAAACUAAACUUGGUCACGAUCCCAGAUCGAUACCCCAUUCCUCACAUGCACGAUUGCAUGACCUUUUGCCACGGCAAGAAAAUCUUCACGGCACUAGACUUACGCCAGGCCUACCACCAGAUAUCGGUAGCCCCUGAAGACGUGCCCAAGACAGCAAUCAUCACUCCAUUCGGACUCUACGAGUUCCCAGUGAUGACGUUCGGAUUUCGUAACGCUUCACAGACUUUCCAGCGCUACAUCAACUCAGCGCUUGGAGAUCUCGACUUUGUCUUCGUCUACUUAGACGACAUUCUCAUCGCCUCCACGUCUGAGGACGAACAUCAGAAACACCUUGCAAAAUGCAGUCUCGGCGUCACGGAACUCAUCUUUCUGGGUCAUCUCAUCGCGCCCAACGGCUUCAAGCCAAAUCCAGAAAAAGUCAAGGCUGUUCAAGAACCACAACACGCAACGCUCCACGAAUUUUUGAAAGGAGCCAAAAAGAAGGACAAACGCCCAGUUCCUUGGACUCCAGAAGCUGAGGCGGCCUUCCAUAAAUGCAAGAACGACCUUGCCAAUCUAGCAUUCACCGCCUUCCCAAGCGAUAACGCAGAGUUGCGUCUCAUCACUGACCCAUCGGACACAGUCAUGGGGGCAGCCCUCGAGCAAUGCAUAGACGACUCGUGGCAACCGCUAGCAUUCUUCUCGCAGAAGUUUUCACCGGCGCAGAAGAAAUAUGCCACAUAUGAUAGAGAACUGACGGCGAUCUACGAAGCCAUGAGAUACUUCCACUAUUAUAUAGAAAGUGCUAAAUUCAAAAUCUAUACAGAUCACAAACCGCUGAUCUAUGCUCUACAGCAGAGCCACGACAAAAUGCCAGUCAGAAAAGUUCUAGCGAACAUUAACGCAUUCAAGCUACCAACGCUGUUCGACGCGAAACAGCUGAGCGAAGAACAAGAGAAGGACGAGCAACUCGAGGAGAUCCCUGCCAACGCAGCACAUCCGCUCAAGCUUCGCAAGCUUACAUGGGGCUUCAAUCACGCAGCAUUCUUCUGCGACAUCCACGACGAUGUCAUUCGUCCGUAUCUCCCAAAGAGUUUAAGGAAAGAAGUUUUCAACAACUUCCAUUCACCAUCGCAUCCUGGAGCUAAAGUCACAGCUCGACUCAUCCAACAACAAUACGUGUGA